AUGAUUAAAAAUUGCUGUCCCUCAAAGCUAAAUGCAAGCUUUAGCAUUGCCUUUCAAUUGCUAGAGAUUUCUGCUUUGGUAGAGGAAGAGUUGAAGUCAAAGCCGAUGCCUUACUGGCAAGGAAUGGAACUCAUCGCGGUACACAUUGAGAGAGAACGAAACAUUGAUCAUUCGAUUUCCACGCACAAAGGAAAGAUCGAAACUCCGAAACUGUUCCGUGGAAACAAUACGAUAUCGUAUCAUUGUAUCCAUGGGCAGUUAAGAUAG